ACUAAAACCAAGGGCGUAUUUACCACAAGGCAAACAAGGCAUUUGCCAAGGGCAGCACUUUUCAGGGGGGCAGCACUGCCCCCCAGAAGAAAGGACAGAAGAAGAGACACAUGCGGCAUGGGGACCAGGUGGGAUCUGAGAGAGGCUGCGGGCUGCUUGAUGGUGUAUACAGAGCCUGACUUUCAUUUUCAGGGAUGUCCAGAGCUGUAAAGGUGAGUGUCUCUCUCUUUCGUUGGGGGGAGGGGAGAUGUCUGUUAGUGGAUGGCUCCCUCAGGUCAAUGUCAGGCUCUCUCCAG